AUGCCUGACAUCGCCUCUCUAGGCGGCCAUCCACGCGACCCGGACGCUGUCGCCAGUGUCUACGCCUCCUCAUACCCGGACGACGGUUUUCAGGAUGUGUCAGGUCCCAAUGCGAUCCCCGGCCAUCCGAUGGGCGUCAAGCCCAGCGGCAAUGCGCUGUUGGCGGAGGAGAAUCUGCGUCAUGCCAUCGGCACGUUCCGACGAUUACCGGACGAAUUGAUCUUGAUGCUCCUCGAAUGGUUGGAUGGGCCCAGUCUGUUGCAGAUAGGUCGCACCUGUAAGGCGUUUUACGCCUUUACUCGCGCGGAAGAUUUGUGGAAGGCUUUGUUCGUUGCAUCACCCCCAAGCACGUUCUCCUGGAAAGGAACAUGGCGAUCGACCUAUCUCGACCUUCCUCCUUCUAAAGUAUCCAUCCUCGACUGCUCCAGUCUCUACUCCGACGCCCUCCACCGCCCAUUCUAUUGCGCCCACAUCUCCCUCGAUCCGUACGUCAGUAACAUCCCCUCCCGCAACCAGAUCGCGCGUCUCCCCGACCUCUCCCCAGAGGAAUUUCACCAGAAUUGGACCGACACGCCGUUCAUACUCACCGAACCCGUCAAAGCAUGGCCCGCGUACAAGAACUGGUCGAUCGAUGCCCUGCGCUCCAACUACGAUGACGUCGUCUUCCGCGCCGAAGCCGUCGACUGGAAACUCAGCACGUACGUCGACUACAUGAAGAACAACUCGGACGAGAGCCCGCUCUACUUGUUUGACCGGGCCUUCGUCUCCAAAAUGGGUCUCAGCGUCGGCCCGCUGCAUGAGGUCCCCGACGCAACCUACUGGACGCCGCCCUGCUUCGGCGAAGACUUCUUUUCCGUGCUGGGCGACGACCGUCCGGAUCGCCAGUGGUUGAUCAUCGGCCCCGAACGGUCCGGCAGCACCUUCCACAAGGACCCCAAUGCCACCAGUGCCUGGAACGCCGUCAUCCGCGGCUCCAAGUAUUGGAUCAUGUUCCCGUCGUCGUCGAAACUGCCGCCUCCGCCAGGCGUCUACGUCUCCGACGACCAGAGCGAGGUGACGUCGCCGCUGAGCAUUGCGGAGUGGCUUUUGGGCUUCCAUGCGGAAGCGCGCCGGUCACCGGGCUGCAUUGAGGGAAUCUGUGGCGAGGGCGAGAUCCUCCACGUGCCGUCGGGCUGGUGGCAUCUCGUCGUGAACCUGGAGCCCGCCAUUGCCAUUACGCAGAACUUCAUCCCGCGCGCGCAUCUCCCCGCGGCGCUGGACUUUCUGUCCAACAAGGCGGACCAGGUGUCCGGGUUCCGGAAGGAUGUCGUCAACCCGUACGAGCGGUUUGUGACGAAGAUGCGCGAGCUUCAUCCCGAGCUGCUGGAUGAGGCGUCGAACGAGCUGAAGAAGAAGGCCGAGGGGAAGAAGAGAAAGUGGGACGAGAUUGUCCACGGAAAGGCAGAUCAGGACACUGCUGAGGACACGGCCGAGGGUGGCUUCAGUUUUGGUUUUGGAGAUGACGGAAGUGACGUGGAGGUUCCUUGA